GGUUGAAAAAAAAAAUAAAGGCGUUUCUCGUAAUAGUGCUAUCAUUUGGAGUUUACCAAUUGUAUCUCACAUGGCGGCUAACGCUUCCUAUGCGGAUAAAGAACACACAUAGAGACGCACCUGAUGAUCGAACUAACAAUGAAGGCGAACACCAUGAAAAUAACACGGCACCAGAAGACUACAAACUGAUUGCUGCUUAUGUACAAGAUAAAUUGUAUGAGAUACAGAAUCCACAGUCAUGUGAGUCAGCAAAAAAGGUUGUUUGUGAUCUGCCACGAACUGGAUUCGGGAGUCAGGUACAUCUCUUGACAGUCUGUUUUACAGUGGGAUUUAUGACUCACAGGACAGUCAUCUGUCGGAAGGGACAAUCUGUGUACGAACAAAAUGGAUGGGGAGACCUUUUUCUUCCGCUUAGCAAGAAUUGCUCACAAUUAUCGAACCAAACAGUUCUUAAAGUCACAACUCUUUCCAAGACUGAGAAUAUUCCAGUGAUACAGGUUGCUUUCGGACCAACAUAUAUUAAGCUUGAACGAUCAAUUCCUGAAAACAUAAGAAAACGGGUAUUACGUUUCCACCCAGACCCACAGCUUUGGUGGGCCGGUCAAAUGAUUUCUUAUAUCUUAAGACCUACUAUACGCCUCAAUAACCUCAUCACUGAAUCACGAGUGUCACUUGGCUUCAAGAAAGUGAUUGUUGGGCUACACAUUCGGAGAACAGACAAAUUAAAGGAAGCUUACUACUAUAACGUUACAGAAUAUAUGAAAGCUGCAGAUAAUUGGUUUAAUAUAUAUGAACAAAGUACUGGGAGAGCUGUUAAAACGCGCAAAAUAUUCCUUGUUACUGACGAGCCUAGUGUUGUAUCAGAGGCAAAUCAAUUGUUUUCUAACUACACAGUUAUAAAUAAUAUGAAUGCAACUGUAGCGGCAAGUAAAUAUACAUUGCGAUUAAAAUAUUCGUCUCUAAAAGACACCAUCAAUGACAUAUUUCUAUUGUCAAUGUGCGACUACAUCGUCUGUACCAUGUCAUCUAACAUAUGUAGACUUGCUUUUGAACUCAUGCAAACACGACAUAAGGAUGGCUCAAAAUAUGCAAAGUCUUUAGACUGUGAAUACUUUAUACAUAAACUUUACAAAAGGCAAUGUGAUUUAAAACCUGAACGUGAUAGACAAUUUAAUAACACUUACACCAAUUUGAAGUUAUGGUCAUGAAUAGGAUUCAUUCGAGGGAUCUUAAUUUUCACUGUAAAAAUCAAAAUCAAAAUGUAUAAUAUAUUUUAAGAUCAAUUUAAUUUCGUCCUUUUGUCAUGUGUCAUAAUAUUGUAUACAGUAAAUAAAACGUCGAAAUUAACAACAUUAUACAUUCAUGCAACAACAUUUUUUUUUUGUCAAACAGUCAGGGUAUCGAUAUUAUUGAGCUGAUAUGUACAAUUUUUAUAGAAAUAUCUGACUUGUAAUCUAUCAUGACUGAUUGUUUCAAAUCAUGUUUGGGUGCGUGAAAUAAAAAAAAAUGUCGUCCGAGAAGGCCGCCAGAAAAUUAGAAAAUCGCUAUUUACUUUAUAUUAAUGUCGGCUAUUAUAUCAAUUGUGUUUAGUAUAUAAUACAUAUACUAUUUAGUAUAUUAUACUAACCUUAUAUAUAUUAUAAGUAUAUAUGUUAAGUAUAUAUAUAUCAUAAGCUUAAGGCAGACAUAAAGUAAAUUUAAAUCAGCAUUUCGGCAGACGAUGAACUUAGGCAGACAUUUUUAGUUUUGGACUUCAACCACUCUCUAAAUGUAAUUUAUUAACAGAAGUUUUGUUUUUUCACAGAUGAUUUCGGUACAUUUGUUUGAUAAAAAAUGUUUUUUGAUUUAAAAUAUUUUUUAUAAAAUACAUUUUGUGUUUGUUAAAAUCAUCUCCAUAUAUAUUGUCAACACUACCAAAAACCAACCUUAGGCAGAAAUUUUGUAAUUCUUAGAUUUACGAAAAAUAUGAAGUAUGUUUUGUAUUUGAAACUAUUUUAUUGUCUUUAUGUCAUCAGAGAUUUGUAUUAUG